CUAUUGUUUUCGCGCCCAGGCACACCGGCCGAUUUUUAGUCCGACGUGAAAUAAUAAAUAUAUAUCAGUGUGAUACCAGGCAUGGGUUUCGACACUUCAGAGGAUAAGGCGAGGCCCAGAGGUUUUGGAGCACGUCACUGGCAGGCCAUCCUCCUGUUCGUUGGCAUGAUGAUCAACUACUUCCAGCGUGUCAACAUCUCGGCUGGCAUUGUUCCCAUGACCCAAUCCACUGCAGGAGCUCCUUUCUACAAUUGGGAUACUUCGGAUAAGUCCCUGAUCCUCAGCAGCUUCUUCUGGGGCUAUGUGGUCUCCCAGGUGCCAGCAGGCCUCCUCGCCAAGCGAUUUGGCGCCAAAUUGGUCCUGGGUGCGGCCACGGCCAUCGGUGGCAUCCUGUGCUUCUUCCAUCCUCUGGCAGCCGAAAGUGGCUGGCAGAGCAUCUGCGUCCUGCGCGUCCUCACCGGACUGGUUCAGGGAACGGUCUAUCCGUGUGUUCACACCCUGCUGGCCAAGUGGGUGCCGCGCACGGAGCGGGGACUGCUCACAACGGGCGUCUAUUCGGGGGCACAGUUCGGAACGGCUGUUAUCCUGGUCACAAGUGGGUUUAUCUUCGAGUCCAGCAUGGGCUGGCCGGGAUUGUUCUACCUGUCCGGCGGCCUGAGCCUGGCCUGGGCACUGCUCUUCUUCUGGCAGGCGGCCAAUGAACCGGCCACCGCCAGCAGGAUCAGCAAAAGCGAAGUGGAGUACAUCGAGAGCCUUACGGGCAGCAAUAGCGCAAGUCAGUCCAUGCCCGUGCCCUGGAUGUCGAUCUUCAAGUCGCCAGCCUUCUACGGCCUGCUGGCCGCCCAUUGUGGCUUCACCUGGGGCUUCUACACGCUGCUCACCGAAAUGCCCACCUACAUGAGCCGCGUUCUGCAGCUGAACGUCAAGUCCAAUGCCUUCCUCUCCUCGCUGCCAUACUUCGCCAUGGGUUUGCUCUGCUUUGUGGUCAGUCCCAUAUCCGAUUUACUCAUCAAUCGCGGCAGCAUAACCAUCACCACGGCCCGGAAGCUCUUCAACUCGAUAGGACAGUGGGGACCGAUGGCCUGUUUGAUUGCACUGGGUUACAUGACCGCGGACGAGAAGACCUGGGCCAUUCUUCUGCUGACACUGGCGGUGGGCAUCAAUGCGGGCUGCUCCUGCGGCUACCUGAUCAAUCACAUCGAUCUGUCGCCCAACUUUGCCGGUCCCAUGAUGGGAGUGACCAAUGGAAUUGCGGGCGUGACCUCCAUAGUGGCUCCUUUGGUAGUGGGAGCGAUCAUAUCGGAUGAGGAGGAUCCCAGCCAGUGGCGCAUGGUGUUCUUCAUAACGGGCGGAAUUUACCUGGUGUGCAACACCUUGUUUGUGAUAUUCGGCAAGGCCACCAUUCAGCCGUGGAACGAGCCGCCCUCCAUGUCCAGCACGAUGACGCUGAGGAACCAUGUGGAGAACGAUCCAAAGUCCAUUGCUCCCACGUCGGACAAGGACAAUCGGUGCUGAAAGCACUUGACCUGCGCCUGGAGCCCAUCGACAAUCUCGUUAAUUGUAGAGUAAUUAUAAAUUAUUGUUAUUAUUUUAGCUUGGAUAUGC